CGAUUUUGUACGAGAACCAAUAAACUCGCAGAAACUCGAGUGCCGCCGCUGUUCCUCACUCGCUGCGCCGGGCGGGCCCGCCGGGCCGCCAGGGGGUGCUGUGGCCGCGGAGCCCGCGCUGCGCCCGCCUCUCUCGCCGCUUCCCCCGCCCCUUCCUCUUCCGCCGCCGCCAUCGCCGGGACGCCGGGCAGCGCCGGGCCAUGUCGUCUCACAAGACCUUCAAGAUCAAGCGCUUCCUGGCCAAGAAGCAGAAGCAGAACCGGCCCAUCCCGCAGUGGAUUCGCAUGAAAACGGGCAAUAAGAUCAGGUACAACUCCAAAAGGAGACACUGGAGAAGGACCAAACUGGGCUUGUAGGAGACUGUCUCCUGGGAACUCUAAUGUCACUCGUCUUUCUGCGUCAGAUGGAUACACCUGCUCUGUGGUUUGGCGACCCCCGAGCGAUUCCUUCCAUAAUGUUGGGCUGCAGCCCCCGUGUCUUUUUUUAAAAGUCAGUCUGGGUUAUUGAUGUUAGCUGGGAAAGCCUUGAAACAAUUUGCAUCUGAAACAUGAAGACUGUGUUCUAUUAGUGUUCGUUCCUUCAGGCAUCAGCAUGAUUAUUGGCAGUGUACAGAUUUGCUAAUAAAUAUGGACCUGAA